AUGGCAAAUCAAAAAGAAGCUACGAAUGGAUUGAUGACACCUGCCAACAAACAGAGCGGACCCGAAGAUCUUUUCCAAAUUUUAAACGAUGCGGACAUUGCGCCUGAUAAAGUUGAUCAAAUGAGCAAAGAGGAAUUGAAAAGCAGGCGCGAGAAUAUCAUUGAUCCAGUGUGGGAUAAGGUACAGCAAUGGCUAGGGGCAAACAAAGGUCAAGACAAACGUGCUACGGCUGCCUACUUUCGGAGAGAUAAUGGUGUGACAUCCCUCCAUCUCAUGUGCAAGCUUGGAAAGCCGCGAGCUGAUUUAAUCAGUGAAAUAAUUGAAGCUGCACCAGAAGUUGCCCGUCUUGCUGACGCUACUUUUGGAUGGUUGCCGUUGCAUUACGCAUGUCGAAAUGGAGUGUCCUCCGCUGUGCUGGAGAUCCUUAUCAAGGCUUACCCGGAAGGCAAGCUUGCUCAAGAUACCCGGGGCUGUACCCCCCUUCACUUGCACUUCUAUCGAAAAAAUGACAAUCCAGAUGACAUGGCAAAGAGCGUUGGUCUCCUUUGUGACACUGGAGCUGCCGAAAUUUCUGACGAGGAUUGUAUGCUUCCCAUACACUUGGCUUGUGGCAACGAAACGAAUGCAAAUGUUGUCGAGGUUCUUGCAGAUGCAUUUCCAGAGAGUCUUACUGCCAAGGAUAACAACGGAAGAACUCCUAUGCACCACGCCAUGGAAAAUUGUCUCCGUGAUACCGCUCCGGAUGUUCUCAAGUUCCUUUUGGAUGCGCCAGCCGCAAGAGAAACGAUUAACCUUGAAGAUGAGGGAGGAAAUCUACCUCUUCACUGGAUGGCUACCAGCCUUCGUUCUCCUGGUAUUGAUUUCAAAUUGGAUGAUCACAAAGAUAAAUUGGAGAACGCACGGGAGUGCCUCAACGUAGUACUCAAAGCAAAACCAAGACCAAAACCAACAGCCGAAUUCAUCAAUGCGCUCGAUCGAUUACCAUCGUUUCUACAACAGCAGGUAUUUUCUUACGUGCAACCAUUGAUUGACAAAGAUAUCAAAAAAACGAACCAUGCUUUCAUAUACAAGGGUCUUAUUGGCGUCAAAGGUAUUGCGGCUCCGCUAUUGUCGCACCUGCUUGAAAUCGGUGAUGCCAAGGAGAGAAACAAAGAAUUCGAUAGGUGGCACCGCAAUAGUCCAGGAACCUUUGGAAAUCUGGCGGUAGAGAAUCUGAACAAACCAGCGAUGAUUCAAUGGUUAAACAGAAAGUCUUGCAACCGAAAGGUAAUUUUCUUCCUGAUGAUAGAGCUAUACCUUCAGGUUGCAUGGAUGAUCCUCUUUGUGCGUGCAUCCAAGUCAAAACUAAUCGAGCCUGCCGAACCAAUAGAUGCUCUGCUGGUUGGACUCUCGGUUGUUGCAGUAGCCUUUCUAGGAUUACAGUUCCGACAAUUCUGGAAGAAGCCUAUCCAAUAUUUUCAAAACAUGUGGAAUUCGAUGGAGCUUGUUACCGUUGGUCUUGUGAUUGCGUCAGUGAUUGAACUUUGGAAUAUUCAAGAUGUCAGUAUUGUCGACGAGGACCAUCGCAUACGGGAUCUUCUCAUUGCUACGGGCUGCUUUAUAUUUCUGUCCUUUAUUUCAUACCUCAAGAAGACGUUCUACCCAUUUGCCAUGUUAGUCGGCGGUGUGAUCCGGAUAUUCUGGAAUCUGAUUCCGUUUCUUGUGGUUACGAGCAUCACGCUCUUUGCAUUCGCCUACAUGUAUUUUGUUCAAAACCAAGGCUUGGAGGGCUAUGAGACUCUUGGGAGGUCGUUUCUUACGGUUUUUGAUUCUUUUGUCAGCGGACGGAAUGAAGCUGCUGAUGCUGUGGAUGCUAAUGUACUGGAUGUAGUUUUUGGAAUUGUUAUUGUGGUUGUAUUGCUCAAUGUUGUCAUUGCUAUUGUCGGCAAAGUCUGGGAUGAAGCAACCACAAAAGCUGCAAGAGUCUUCUGGCAAUAUAGAUUUGGAUUUUUCGAAGACGUGGGUCUGGAUGAAGAUGAAGGCGAAGUUGGCAUCUUCAAAUAUCUUGAUGAAUUGGAACUUGACUUUGACAAGCCUGUAAUGGAAUCGCUUCUUGAAGGGUUUUCUGUCCCAGAAGAGCGUGAUUAUAAAGACGCGGUUGGGGUGAUGCUUGUCAACCUUUUCACAUCGACUCUAAUCGUACUUGGUUUUUGCACUGCUGGCUUGUUAUUUCCAAUGUUCAUACGCCAGAUGCUGUUUUGCUCGCGAUCCAUAACGAAGGAAACCUUGGAAUAUAAGUUGAAGCAGAUGGAAGGCCGUAUGCAAGAAGACUUCCGAGCCCAAACUACUCAAAUGGAAGAACACUUCCUAGCCCACACCGAAGAAAUGGGAAAGCGGUUUGUAGCCGAAAUCAAACAAAUGGAAGAGAAAAAUCAUCAAGAACUUAGGCAACUGCUACAACGUCUUGGUCCGCCAAAGGACGAUGGCAACGAGCCGCAAACUCCAACCAAAACUGACAGUGAAAACAUUGACGAUGACGGAGAAGUUCAAGCUGCUUAG